AUUCCCAAGUCUAGUAUCCCUUUUCCUUCACAAAACAGAGAAGCCAUGGCUAGGUGGUGGUGCAUUAGUCACCGGACGGUGAUUGUCACCGCCUUUUUGAUGUUCAUGGUGUUUCUCACAAUCAAUCCAGUCAAAUCACAACCACAAGCAAACUUACUAAUCACCGGUUGCAGCCAAAUCAAUGCAACCAACUUGCCGAAUUUCUUUGGCAAUCUUAAUGAAACUUUCAGAGACCUCCGAAACAAACUGUCUAACAAUAACAGCUACUUUGCAACUUCAGAGCAAACAAGGAAUUCAGAGCCGGUUUAUGCGAUGGCUCAGUGCAGGAACUACAUGUCAACCAGGGAUUGUUUGAGCUGUUUCGAUUCCGCGGAUACGUUUAUUCGUGCUUGUGCUGCUGCCAAUGGUGCCCGUGCCGUUCUUGAUGGCUGCUUUCUCAGGUAUGAAAGUAAUUCUUUCUAUGAUCAAACAACAUUGCCAGGCAAUGUUGGUUUAUGUGGUAAUCGGACUUCAUCAAGGCAGAGCGUAUUUGAAACCGCUGUGGAUGGCUUAUUGUCCAAUCUUUCGAUUGCUACCCCAAAGAUAAACGGUUUCUAUGCUGCAGUUACUGCCCCAGUUUCUGGUACUAAUACAAGUACCGCUUAUGCUAUAGCGCAGUGUGCUGAAACAGUAACACGCGACGGAUGCAAGGAUUGCUUAGCAGUGGCAUAUGCCAACAUAAGGAGUUGUGCAACCGAUGUUACUGAUGGGAGGGCAGUUGAUUCAGGAUGUUUUAUGAGGUACUCUGCCUCUGCAUUCUUUUCCAACAAUAAAAGUACUGAUAUCACGUCAUUUCUACGAGAUGAUGAUUCAAGCAAUAAGGGAGCCAUUAUCGGAGGUGUGGGUGGAGGUGUAGGUUUUCUGAUCUUCUUGUUAGUAGUAGUUGUACUUUUGUGGAUUCGUCGGUCCAAAAGAACGUCACCAGGAGAUGGCCUAUACGGGGCAACUGAACUACAAAGCCCAAAGGAUUAUAGCUAUAGUGAUCUCAAAAAAGCGACAAAGGAUUUUAGUGAAGGAAAUAAACUUGGAGAAGGUGGGUUCGGAGAUGUAUACAAGGGGAUCGUUAAGGAUGGAAACAUUGUUGCAGUGAAGAAACUAGCUUUAGGUUCCUCUACAGCAAAGGAUAACUUUGAGAGUGAAGUUCGAGUAAUUAGCAAUGUCCAUCAUCGCAAUCUAAUCCGCCUCCUUGGAUGUUGUAGCAAAGGACCAGAAUUACUUCUAGUCCUCGAGUACAUGGAAAAUGGAAGCCUGGAAACUUAUCUAUACGGUGAAAAAAGGGGGACACUUAGCUGGAAACAAAGGUGUGAUAUUAUUUUUGGCACGGCUAGAGGCCUGGCAUACCUACACGAACAAUACCAUGUAACGAUCAUCCACAGAGACAUAAAACCAAGCAACAUUUUACUUGACAAUGAAUAUCAACCAAAAAUUGCCGAUUUUGGUUUGGCUAGGCUUCUACCAGAGGACCAAACCCAUAUUAGCACUAGAUUUGCUGGAACUUUGGGAUAUACAGCACCAGAAUAUGCAAUCCAUGGACAGUUGUCUGAGAAAGUGGACACCUAUAGCUUCGGUAUAGUCGUUCUUGAGAUUGUUAGUGGAAAGAAAUGCACUGAUGUCCCAGAUGAAUCAGCCGGUGAACAGUACCUCCUUGAACACGCUUGGAAUCUUUAUGAAACUCGUAUGCACUUGAAGUUGGUGGAUGAGACAUUAGACCCGAGUAAGUAUAAUGAAGAAGACGUAAAGAAAGUCAUAGAAAUAGCUCUCAUGUGCACUCAAUCACCGGUUUCUGUCAGGCCAACGAUGUCUGAAGUGGUGAUGCUUCUAAGUGACAGAUCACGAGUGCAAAAUCCCCCUACUAGACAAAAUGCCAAUUUAGCCAACAUAAGGAUACAAGUUGAUAACUCGACAUCCACUACUUUCUCCAUGAGCAAUGCUGAUGCCACAAUCACUGAAUUAACAGGCCGUUAAUUUGCUACUAUACUAUACGCUCAGUUGUUAUCAUAUCACUGCCCAAAUAGACGGCUUGUGUGGUUGCAUCCGGAUGAUUGAAGUGGAUAUUUAUGUUCACGAUAAACAUGUAGAAAUAAAGAGUGUAAAAUACGAAAACAUGUAGAAUUUUUUCUUGCAAAGAUGUUCCGAAUGCUUAAAAGUUUAAACUUAAGUACUUAUGUUCGUGGCAAUCAACUACUACCAAGUUUUUUCUUCCA